CCCGUGCACUUUACAGAAAGUUGGUCUCGACACGGCUAAAUGUGCACGCUUCAGUUGCGUGUCUCGAACUGAUUUCUGACUACCCCGCACUCGCUUUGAGUCGAUAAAUAGCCAUGGCACGUGCAAUUCUCUACAAAUAUAUCAACUAUUACAGCCGUAAAAAAUCUAUUGUUGACGAUUUUGAAUAGCAGUAAAAUUUAGCUUCUUGGUUAUUACAGCAGCUUUAGUAAUUACGUUUGUUUUAUUUUUUAAAUUGCUUUAUCAUUAACUGUACCGUUAAGAGCGGCAUCUUUUGGUUUAGUACAAAUACUAUCUCUGAAUCACUUUCUUUAGCAGGAACAUGAUACUAGCAGUAGUUUCAUUUUACUUUUACAAGUUUCUUAAAACAAUUGUUGAGUUGUCUAAAGUGCUUAUUUCUAAAUUCAAUUUCUUGUUCUAGCUUUCUGUUAUGUUUCGUAAAAAAGUAGUCUUGAUUAUCCCGACCUGUCAAUCAGACGUAGAAUGGUCGAUAGACUGGUUAAGCGAGACUAAUUUCAAAACAAGGGCACGUAACCUAUCUUUUACUCAAAAGUGUCUGGAUGUUAUGGACGCAACUUGGAACCAGUUUUCAGUCUAGUAUUUAUAGAUGAUUAAUGGUCAUAGCUUAUUAAGUACAACAUGAUCGUUUAUUUAGUGACUAUAAUUGUGUGAAACUGAUUUGAGGCUUGGCAUAUAUAUAAAUAUUGUGGCGUAAUUGUCGAGAUAUUUGGAGAUAUUUAUUUAUGGUGGGUCACCCUAUAAAUGUGUCAACACUUUCGAAGUCAUGCGCUCUCUAAGCAGAUACUUCAUACAAGGAAGGUAAAACUAAUUCACCUAGACCGGUGUGCUCACCUCAGACUUUUUACAAGAAAUAUUCACAAAGACAUCGUUCUGGAACUGAUAAGCUGAAACACGAAAUCAAGUUUCAAAAUGGCAACUGGUACAGGACGUAAACGGAAACAUUCCGCUACUGAAACGAGUAGUUCUGCAAAAUUAUUGAAGAUCAGCAGAGAGUUAAUGCCUCUUUUGGACAAAGCAAAAAUUUGUCGAGAAUAUUCGUUUCUUGUACAACAACUCAAUGUCAAGUAUUUGACCGACGACUUGUUUUCUGAAUCUAUAAUUGACGAUGAUGAUAUGGAGUCUGUACAGAUAGAACUGACUAAUAACGGCACAAAGGCAGCCACAAGAAAGCUCUUAGACAUCUUAUGCCAUAGAGGAGAAAAAGCCUUUACUGUUUUUCUGGAUGUGCUGUACCAAAAUGGUUACAAAACAGUUAAAGAACGACUUGAAUUAGAUCCUCCUGACGAGCUGACAAUGAGUGAUAUAAAAUCACACGAAGUCUGCCGUACAGGAACGUUAAGCGAUGUAAAGAAGCUCAUUGCAAAGCCAGAAGAUGUAAUCCAAAAGGAUUCAUCAUCCAGGACACCCAUAUUUUAUUGCUGCAUUUCGUCGGUAGAUUCUGUCAAUAAAUUAAAAUAUAUCUUAGAUUUAGGCGAAGAACUUGAUGAAACAUCUAUUAAAGAUUUAGUAUACGCAUGUUGUAAAUUUGGUGAACUAGAAACCGUUAACUAUUUGUUUAAAUAUCUAGGUGAGCGUUCGACUAAAUGCAACUAUGAUGAUUAUGAAAGAAUGCUUAUAUGCUGCGUGUUGUCCGAGAAACAAACGACAGAAAAAAUACAGCUAAUUGUAGGGAAGUCAGACGUUAAGAAAAUAACUAAAUAUGUAUUACAUUUGGCAUGUUUCUUCAGCACAUUCGAGGUUGUUGAUACGCUUACCAAGUUAUAUCCCGGUAUAAAUGUUAACGAACAAUUGGACAAUGGCUUCGUUCCCUUGCAUUAUUGCUAUCUUUCGGCCAUUGACUCCGUUAAAAAAAUCCAGCUACUGGAGGCCAAGGGGGCCAAAAUUGAUAUUCACGAUGAAAAUGACUUGUUUCUUAAAGCAUGUGAGGAAGCUACGUUAGAAACCGUUGAAUUGCUAGUUAAAGAAAAUGGCGCAAUUGUAAAUUGUACAGAUGAAAUUGGCACAUCGCCCUUGUUGUAUUGUAUCGCAUCUAAAAAAGAACCUAUCCGUAAAAUUAAUUUUUUAAGAGAAAAGGGUGCCAUAUUUGAAGACAAGUUGCUCGAGGGUCGUUCUGAAGAUGAAUUUAUGUUGUGUGUGAGUUGUGAGAUUGGUGCUUUAGAAACCGUGAAAUAUUUUGUUACGAAAGGUGUAAAUGUUAACUGUCGUGACAGUAAUGAUCAAACACCCGCAUUUUAUUGUUGCCGUUCUAACGAGGGGCCAAUAGAAAAAUUGAGUAGUCUGAAAGACAGUGGAGCAAAGUUUAAUGUCCUAGACAUAGAACACAGGAGUUUGUUAUACGUUGCUUGUUACGAGGGUGGGGUAGAAACGGUGAAAUAUUUAAUUAAAAACCAACCAAAUACAUUUAUAAACUUGGAAGACAAAAAGUUUAAUACGCCCUUUACAUGUUGCUGCCGAUCAAAAGUCGAUGCUUGCGAAAAACUUAAACAUUUAAGAUCUUUGGACGAUGCUGUUAUCAAAAAUAAAGGAAACGAGGAUAGAUUAUUACAUGUAGCCUCUUCCGAAGGGGAUCAGAGUAUUCUUAACUUUCUUAUAGACACCGAAAAUGCUAAUCGAGUAAAUAACUUUGGUGAAACGCCGUUAUUUAUGAGUUGUCAAUCAAAGAGACAGCCCUUUACGAAAACUAAACUAUUACUGGAAUCCAAAGGCGGGAAGCUUGAUAUAAGAUAUAAAGAUGGCGAUAUUUUAUUGCAUGUCGCUUGUCGCUUCGGUAAUCUGAGUACUGUAAAAUAUCUCGCGACGAAAAUGGAUUUAAAAGCUGAAAAUGAGUUUGGGGAAACACCUCUUCAACACUGUAAACGUUCUAAAAUUCAAAGAGAUAAAAAAGUGUCAUUUUUAGAAAAAGAAAUAAGCAAACUAGAAUCCAUUACCCAACCCUAACCUUACUUAUUUACGAAUAAUAUCUUCCGUUUUUUUAUUGACGUCAUCUAAACGUAGUUCAAUAAAGCUUCGAUUUUUACUUUCACUUUUUACUUUUGUUAGAUGUUAUUCUGUAUAGUUUAUAAUAAACAGGGCCCUAUUUCAAGGAAUCUUAACUAAAGAUAAAAUCCAAAGCACUAAAAUCAACCUAAUAUUAUCCAAUCAAAUUACUAAAAUGUGGAUUUUAUCUUAGUUAAAAUUUCGUGAAACAGGCCCCAGGUCUUAAUUCGCCACUCACUUUGACCUUUAGGAUUUUCUGUGCUGUUUUCGUAAUGUUGAGUGUUUAUGGAAAAGUAGGACGCUAAACCCCUAGCUUUCUUUUUUAAGGCAAAUUCGGUUAUACAGUAUCAAUAAAAUAACAACAAAAUAACUUUCUUAUUGGAACUUAUUUUCUAACUGUUUUGCUUGAAAAAUGUUUAUUUUCUUAUAUAAGAUGCUGCUUCUAACUGUUUGCUCGAAAAGUGUUUAUUUUUGUAAUUGUGUAUUUUUACUUAUUAAAUUUUAUGUUUUCAUUUUAAACUUUUUUCUAUUCGUCUUU